UAAAUUUCAAACGGAAAGCCUCGAACUUUAAACUAAGCGCACCCUUCAGUAACCAUGACAACCCCAAUCGUUCUCAUCCAAUCACAAGCUCAAGUUCCCAUCUUUCAUACACUUUGACGCCAUCUUGAAAUCUCAUCCACAGUUUGUUAAUUUGGUGUUCAUAAUAAAACCUGAAGUGUGUGUUUAUUUUUACUGUUUGAAGUAUGAACGGUUCUCGGAACAAACAGUCAGCGGCAGUCGGCAAAGGGCAGACGGAUGCAGACAGUGGCCUAGAGACGAACCAUAGGGACAAAAAGACCGGCGCAGGAAUGCUGAGGAAGCUGAAGUCGAGGCGCAGUCAUACAGAGAAGUGGCCUGUGGUAACGGAGGACCAGCUCCGGACUCUAGGAAGAGAUAUUUCCCCGGAGCAUGUUCUGGGUUUGCGGGACGUCACAAAAGACUAUCUUUGCAGACUUGAAGAUAAUAUCUACAACAUCGACUUUACUCGUUUCAAAAUCAGAGAUCUUGAGACUGGAACGGUGCUUUUUGAGAUUGCCAAACCUCCAAACAGUGGUCAUUUGGAAAAAGAAGAGGAGAGUGGAGAUGUCGAUGCCAGUGCAGGACGUUUUGUCAGGUACCAGUUCACACCAGCCUUCCUAAAACUACGCACUGUUGGUGCAACCGUUGAGUUCACCGUGGGUGACCGUCCCAUUAACAGCUUUCGUAUGAUUGAGCGGCACUACUUCCAGGGACGGCUUCUUAAGAAUUUUGAUUUUGACUUUGGCUUCUGCAUACCCAACAGCCGCAACACAUGCGAACACAUUUAUGAGUUUCCACAGCUUCCAGAUGGCCUCAUUCGCCAAAUGGUGGAGCAUCCAUACGAGACCAGAUCAGAUAGUUUCUACUUUGUGGACAACAAACUCAUUAUGCACAACAAGGCGGACUAUGGCUACAAUGGUGGGCUGUAACGUCUGAGAGGAGAGAUGGGUCCAUUACCUCCCAGUGGUGGUGAUGGUGGGGGUGGGGGGGGGGUGUAACAGAAGUGUUUUCUCCUUUUUAGAAACAUGACAGCAAAAUGAAAAACAGCAAACCACCUCUGCUGACAUAUUAAAUCAUGGAUCCAUUCAAUAGUACCUCAAAUCACUGCUUCAGAGAAUCUGAGGGAUUUUGUUUUCGUCGUUUCUUAGAAUUUCUGUUACAUCUGACUAAGUUUUUUUUUUCAUGUACAUACCAGUUUGUCAAAAAGUUUCAUGUUACUGCUCGAACACGUUUGCCUUACGUUUAUGCCAUCCGUGCUGGAUGAGGACAACACUUAGGACCAGACUGAGCUAGUUAGAAUAUCUUUUAAAUAAAUUCAGAUUCUCAUUGUAUGUUUAUUUGAGCAAAUUUAUCAAGGGGUGUUUCUUGUGUGGGAAAGCAAGCUCACAAGUUUAUUUUUCUCCGUUAUUGUAAAUAGUAGAAUAAAAUGUAGCACAAGUCAACGUUGUAUUUGACUUUUGAAUCGUGUAGGUGGGAAUCAUUGAGACCUUUUGUCAGAUAUGACCCAUUUUUAAUAAGUUGGUCAAGCGCUACUUUGUGUUUGCAUCUCUGGGAUAAAUGAAGAAAACAGAAUAGAAGUAUCUGUGAUCACUUGUACCUCUAGAUCCUAAUGCCAUCUUUGUCUAAAACCAUUUGUUUAUUCACCUCAUUGUGGUUACACUCUUACCCAAUCCCUUAAAGUGUGGUUGUUUUGGUUUAUUCGGCAGCGUAAUACUAUUCAUUUUCCAUUUUGAGGCUGAAUUUGACCAAAUAUGGUUUUGGAUCUGUCCCAAGUCUGUGCUCUGAUGCUGCGUUAUCAGAUUACUAAUGAAAUACCACAGGAGCAUACAACUAAACCACCCAGGGAGUUCAUCAGUUUAUCUAUUUUUGAAGACACUACAGGCUGAUACAACAUCUGAGUCUCUUCUCUUCACAGGAACAUGUACAGUUAGCAAGUUUUAACCCAUUUUCAUCAAAUAUCUACAACUGUGGAACUCAUUUCUGAUGCUACUUUGCACGCCAGCCCUAUGAUUGGUCUUGGACUGAUUGAGCUUAUACUUUAUAGAAAACCUUAUAUUGAUUUGAUUGGCUGAUAAUUUAUUGUGAUGCUGUUUAGUUGUUUUCCAUUUCCAGGGUGGCAACCCUGAUAAGUGAGGAGGCCUAUGAGUAGGUGAAAACAAUUAAUGUCAAAUUUAUAGCUGCAAAUCAGAAAAGUGCCUUGAUUGCUGGUGUUAUUUUUUAUGUUGGGAAAGUUAAUGUUUGUUGACCAAUGAGAAAACAUGGCCACAAGCAAUUGCAAAAGUGGUUUAACUCCUCUUUUUACCACCUCUGUUAAAUAUUUCAUCUUAUACUGGUGCCUUGAAUACAGUAGGAAGCAGUUCUGACAUUUCAUGUAAUAAUCGUGGACAUUAGAAGACUAACUUUUACAAAUUGAUUAGUAACUCAACAUUUAGUAGGCCAUUAUUAACCUGAACAGAUGGGAUAUCAGUCACACUUUACUUAAUAGGUCCUUAUAAAUGUUGGAUUUAGUGGAUGAAUGUAAGACAGCUGCUGGCUGUUCAACAUGUGAGUAGUAGUUUACUGAAAUGCCUUGAGAUUUGUACACAAUUCUAAAAUCUGCACUAAAAGACCAUGUGAUGGACUCAAACAUCUACUUUUACUGUUACAUGUUGCAUGUUGUAUACUUUUUAUAUUGCUGGACUUUACAAGUGACGCUAUUAUGUGUUAGCAGAAUUCUUAUGAAUAAAAAUGGCUAAACAUG